GGUGCAUUAUGCGUCAAGCAAAUAAAAUAGAAAUACUUUGGUAAUAGAAAAUAAUUAUGUAAAUUAAGUAUUGAAAUAUUCUAUGAACCUAUUUAUAAACUUUUAAGAAGUAGUUUUGAAUGGAGUUCUUGGAUUCCAUCGAUUUUAAAACAAAAAAGAAGACUAACAGAGUAAGGUCCUGGUAUCUGUACGAGCAGUUCAAAUCACUGGAGUGCAAUCAACUAGAGGCCGCAAAGAAACUGAAGAACAAGUAUUAUCAGGAGAAGAUCUUGCGCAGAGAACUAAGCGAACGCAAAGCACGGCGCUCGCUCUACGACCAGAGCGAGAACAGUCGUUCCGAUUUGCAAAACGCAUGCAGCGUAAAAAGUGCGCACACGCGGUCUUCACUGAGCGACAGCAACGAUGAUUUUCUAGAAAGCUGUUACCAAUUAGAAGAUGAACCGGACAACGACCAAAGCGAAGAACUGAGCCAGAAUGAUUCCCAAAUUGAACAUCCGAGUGGCGAGUUCAAAAGCAUGACCGAUUUUGAUAGCAUCGCUAGUGUUGUUGAGAAUUUGAAAGAAAGUGAAAAUAUCAUUGACGAGAUUAAAGAAGAGCUGGAAUUUGUCAAACACGGCAUUGCUGAAAACAUCACGCUACAACUGGAAGCGGCCAAAGAAAACGUCCAGUGUUUGGAGGAAUUUGGCGAGUUCUGCGAACUCGAUCAACUUUCCGAGAAAGAAAGUGAGCUCACCAACUAUGAAAGAGAAGAAAUACAAGCCAUUAUCACUCCGAAAGAGAGCAUCAGUGAUACUUUUUAUGAUAACAAUAAUUUAAUCGCUGCUUGGAUGAAGUUAGUUAGCUUCGCCUAUCAAGUCAUCAAACUAAAUCACGGUGGAAACUGUUACUGCGACUACAGCUCACAAUUUCUGACUGCAGUCCUUGCCUGCGACGUACUUCGCCGGGGCAUCAACAGAAUGUGUGAUAUUUUGCAGCCCUACGUUUGUCCGAUAAAGUUAUAUAAUGAUGAAACUGGAUCUUCAAUAUUCUGUUACAAAAAUGAUAAAAGAAAAUUUAAAAUUGACGACAUGAAAAGAACAAAUUUUGAGCCCUGCCCACAACACAAAAAACUUAGAAAAAUCCCUGUAUGCAAAUCACAAUGUUACAGAAGAAAAUAUAAUUCGGAAAAACUUUCAAGAUAUUGUGAACCUAAUUUCAAAAAAAGAAUAACUAGCGAACCGUUGCCCAGAGUUGCCGGGAAAAAGACCAUAGAUCACAGCAACAAUACUCGCUCUACUUUAUGGCCAUCAGACUUUCUUAGCGAGCAGUCUACGAAAAAAUGCCACUGCCCAUGUUGUUUAAAGUUUAAGAAAAACCCAAUGCUUAAAGUAACUAAAUACUUAGACGGUUUGCUGGCAGACAUGAAUCGCUCGUGAAUUUGUUUUUGACAUGUUUAUAGUUAUUUUUGUACACUUGUUUAUUAUACAUAUUAUA